AUGGGAAGGGGAAAGAUACAUAUUUCAAGGAUAGAGAACCGAACCACAAGGCAAGUGACAUUUGCGAAACGCAGAGCUGGCCUUCUGAAGAAGACUCAUGAGCUUUCUGUGCUGUGUGAUGUCCAGAUCGGCCUUGUCAUCUUCUCCAGCACUGGGAAGAUGUUUCAGUAUUGCAGUGACUCAACAAGCAUGGAGGAAAUUAUAAGGAGGUACCAGUAUGCUUCAGGGAAUCGUAUUCCACAAAACAGUGACGCGGAAAUCAUGAAUGCUGAAAUGAGAAAAAUCAGGAAAGAAACUCAAGACCUCCAUUUGAGCUUGCAACGCUAUACUGGUGAGGAUUUGAGUUGUGUGAGAUUUGAGGAGUUGCUGGAGCUCGAAAAUCGGUUAGAGGAGUCUGUCAACAAGGUUAGAGCUAGAAAGUUUGAGAUCUUGCAACAAGAGGUUCAUAACCUUCGGAUAAGUACCAAACAGAGGGAAGAGCAGAAUGAUGAACUAUGCCAUUUGAUUAAGGAGCAUGAGGCUGCAAUCUUUGCUCAUCAGCACCACUAUCAGCAGCAAAUUGAAAUGGAGCCAAAACCUGAGCAGCAUCGACAUCUGAUGGAGCAAUUCCCAUUUUGUGGUGAAGAACAGCCUUUGCUUCAGCUUGCAACUACCUCCAUGCAGCCCCAGUUUGCAGCUUACCAGGCUAGUUCGAGUUCUCUCCCGCCUAAUCCGCCACAACUUCACGAGUUCAGUCUGAACACCCCCCUCUAUGAGUGA